AUGACUGACCCAACAUCACCUUGCCAACCUAAUCGUUUGAAAAUGGCAAGAGCAUUGACUUCAACAACGGCUAUACAAACGUUGGAAAUAACGACUACGGCUGUUGUGACAGGUGUAACCACAAACAGCGACAAAGCAGCUUCGCACUUGGACCAGUUAUCAGUGUCGUCUACUUCCACUUCAAGGUUGAACAAAACCGAUGGUCAUGGCCAUAUUGGUAGUUCAUUUUCGGAAGGAGCUGAUAACGACGCUUUGCUGAGUGAUUUACAUCGUACACCUUCUGUGCAUCAUCAUCAUCACCAUGUCAAAACUCCAGCUUUUGAAGCACAACCAUCACCAUUCUCAACGGAUACUCCUCUACCAUCACCGACAUUCGAAAGCGGUCGAGCAAGACCUCGUUCAACUGAAGUCGACUUACCGUCUCCUCUAGUGAAAUCAGCACCUUCUGAAGCAGUGGCCGCACUCCAACUUGCUGCAGAUGAAAUGACGUUGACGAGUAGCAAAAGGAAUAUGAGGGGAGCCAGCAAUAGUAACUUUCAAAAGUCUAUCCCGGCCAUAUCUGCAUCAGCAGCACUGAAUGAUGGGUUGAGCAUUUUUGAUUCUUCCUUUUUCUCAGAGGCUCUUUUAAUACAAUGGUCAUAUGUAAUGGGCCCAAAGGUAGAAAAAGUAUGGUCAAACCAUGUAUCAGUAGAUGAGAAGAGAAAAAAGCUUAGAACACUCAUAGCACGACAAAUAUUGAAUGGAGAAGUGGGAAGAAAUAUAAAAGCAAUUGCAGAGCCUAAAUGGAUUGUCUUAUCGCAUAGACACGAAGCCAUCGUUUGUGCAGGGUUUUUAUUUUAUGAUCCUACGAUAGAGUUGCUAUGCGCGCUUGUGUUUGUGGUGCCUGUGCGUUAUCUGCGUAAUUUUUCCCGGUAUUUUCAACUUUUAUGCGAUCGAAUACCAUUACAGUUAGUAGAACCUUUAAUAAAAUUACGCAAGGUUUAUCAGCAAUUAUCUUUGCCAUGGUCGACGGUUUUGAACCACUACCAAAUUCAGUAUUUAAUACCAUUUGUCAAAUCAAUUAUGGAUUUGGAGUCAGUCUCAUUACCAAUCGAAUGUGUGAAAGUAUGA